AUGAACGUAGUGCGGGCCACUGAUCGGCCCGCGAAUAGGUUGGCUGCGCCCUCCAUGGAGCACCCCGAUUAUAUAUCCAGAGCUGGCCAGGCGCCCACUAUGCUGUCUUCUGGGAAGUUGACUCUGGAGGCACUGGUGUCGCCAAACAGUGUGGCGGGCCGCGCCGAGAUGAGGAGCUGCAGUGACUGGAGCUCCACAUCGCUCGUCUGUUGUCUUCGCCUCGAUUCUCCUUACGACCUCGUCCCCUCGCCCCUCCUUUUCCGCGAUGCCGCGACGUCGUACGUUCAAGAGCCUGCGGCGCGUGCGCGGACAUGGUCCUGUUAG